AUGAAGCUUGAGCGUGUGGUACAGCAACGAACGGAGAAGGUCAAUGCGCCACCCACGCGCUCGUUUCGUACGGCCGUGCCACGUGAGGAUGAACUCAGCUCGGCAGCAUCCCAUAUGGGGCAGCCUCAAGGGGACGACCCGUUUGCAGCUCAGAUGGGUGAGGCCACGAGGCGCCCUUCAGUCGACGGCGAGCGAAUGGACAGCGAUCUUCAAACAGCACCUUUGCCCAUAGAGAGUGUGGAUGACGAACUGGCAGACGAGAACGGCGGCGACAGCAAGCAGCGUCGAAUCGAGAACGCUUUGCAGACGGGCGAUACCAUCGAGGAUUGUUUCAAUAUCUCCCGUGCCAUUGGGGUUGACGGUGCACCCGGGCUUCUUAUCCUGGGAAGAAAAUGCAUGUAUGUUCUCGAUGGACUGGUCAGGCUGGACACAGGAGAGGUGGUCGGUAGCGAGGAAGCGCCGCGCGACAUGUUCAGCAUCCCAUCGGGAAAGAUAGCCGAAGCCCAGACCAACGAAAUGGAGACGUCCAGAUGGACGUAUGCGGAAGUCGUGGAAUCGAACAAGAGAUCUUUUUUGUUCAGGGACGUGGCGAUAGAAUUUUUCUUUGCCGAUAAGCGCAACUUCCUAGUCGUUUUCCGAAACAAGAAGGAGAGGCAAGCUGCUCUGCAUCGGCUAGGAAGCAAGAAUGACCCGAAUACAAUGAAACAAUCAGCAAUAGGCAACUUGAUCUUGGAUACGGUGGCCAAGGCAAUAGACCGGGCUUCGCUAGAGCUCGAUGGCUAUACGCGCCAAUGGCAAAAUCGCCAACUAAGCAAUUUUGCGUACCUCCAGAUUUUGAACCAGUAUGCAAACCGGACACCAAAUGACGUGACACAGUAUCCAGUAUUUCCCUGGAUCCUGAAAGAUUACUCUUCCGAGAUCUUGAAUCUGUCAAACCCCAAUUCCUUCCGCGAUCUUUCGCUACCGAUGGGUGCUUUGACAGAAGCUCGUCGCCAGGCUGCUAUUGAGCGAUAUCAACAGAGUGGAAUGGCUGGAGAUAAGCCAUUCCACUUCGGAACACAUUAUAGCUCAUCGAUGAUCACCUGCUCGUUCUUGAUUCGGCUCGAGCCUUUUACGGACAUGUUUCUUACGCUACAGGCAAGCAAUUUUGAUCUAGCAGAUAGACUGUUCUCGAGCAUUCCCAAGGCUUGGAGUUCGGCAUCAGAGGAGAAUCGAGGGGACGUUCGUGAACUCAUCCCGGAAUUCUUUUACAGCCCUUUGUUCCUGGACAAUAUCAACCGUCUAGAUAUGGGCAGGAAGCAAAUCUCAAACGAAGAGGUCGACUCGGUGGACUUGCCUGGCUGGGCGCUAGAUGAUCCUCUGCUGUUCAUCCACCGUCAUCGCGAGGCUCUAGAAUCAGACUACGUCUCCCGCCACUUGCCCUCGUGGAUCGACCUGACGUUCGGUUGCAAGCAGCACGAUGAAGCUUCGUACACUUGCUUUCACCCGUUGAGCUACAAAGAUGCCGUCGAUUUGGACGCUAUCAGUGAUGAGGGCGAGCGCGCUGCCUCCGUAGGGAUUAUCCAUAACUUCGGGCAGACCCCUCAUCAAAUUUUCGCUCUCGGUCAUCCUCACCGUUUCCUGAAUGGGGUCUCAUCUUCGCUGCCAAUCGGUCAACGAUUCGGAGUAGAUGAGCACUUUGCUGUGCUGAUUCGAAGCGCGCUGCCUGUGGCUGAAUCGUCAGCACCAGGGUACGACAUCUGUCAUGCUCCGACUCCGGAAGUACCUCCGGUUAUGGCACCGCACGGCCGGGUCUUUCAUCCUGACAUCCCUGCGUGCUCCCUUCGUUACGGCUUUUCGGAUCAAUCGAUCCGUGGAUAUUUCGGAAUGACUAGAGUCAUGUGUGUUGCGGAACAAUCGCCGGCAGUUGAGGCUGUCUUUGUGUCAGCAACGCGCUUCGUCACAGCGACUCCCGAAGGCGUACUCAAAGUAUGGCGCAUCAAAGGCGGUAGCGCUGUUUCGGUAUGGACAGAUACUUCGAGGAUGAUGCCAAUCGCAGUUCUUCGAGGUCAUGAGGACGUGGUAAACCGCCUCACCGCCAGUUCAGCAUGGAGUGUUCUCAUCAGUUCUAGCGAGGAUGGAUCUGCUAUUGUGUGGGAUACCAACCGGUUCAAAUUCGUGCGACGGCUCGUCGUCGAACCGUCUGAACCCGUUAGAUUCGCGGCGGUAGACGACGCAACGGGUCACAUCGCACUGCUUUGCGACAGCCAUAUACACCUGUUCACCCUGAACGGGGCUCACAUAGCUUCUGCUAGUACGCCGAUGGCCCCGAUACAAAAUUAUAGCAUGAGCGGAAACGCGACAACGCCGCAAACCGAUUUCAAUGGCGGCAUCUCCUUUUACGAGCAAGAGUUCUCAAAGCACGGUCCCUUGUUCGCGGUGGGCUACGGGAACAGUGUCGCGCUGUGGCGCCUCGUUCCGGGCGUCGUCGGAGAACCUCCUUGGUCCCUUCACGAGGUAAAGAGGCUGAAUGGCCCGAAUGACGAUAUCGGCCCUGUUACAGCCGUCAAUUUCAUGGGGGACAAUCUGUAUGCCUGCUUUGCAAAGAGCAAGACGGACGCCAAGAGCAAAGCUACGAUGUAUCAAUGGUCACUACCCGAGGGAGGAGCCAGAAACGUAUCGGACACUGCAGUUUCUGCAUGCAUGGCGGGAUGCGGCAGAUCGUUCGGACUUCUUGAACCGCGAAGGUACUGCGGAGGAUGUGGGGGCUGUUUCUGCUCUGCGGAUGCCGUUCAUAUCACCGGGUUCAACUUGCGAUACUGUCCGGGCUGCCGGGUCGUCCUGGCAUUGGCCGUUGAUGUGAUCGGUGGUCCUGGCAGUCGUCGAGGCUCUGUGGCGGCGUCCAGCUCGAGAAGAAGCUCGGUUCAGCCGUUGGGCGUAUACUCGAGAAGAGGAUCUCUGAUAGGAUGA